UCACCAGCUGUGUACUCUCCAGUCCGUGCUAUCUGCUGUUCUUGUGUUGGUGGCAAUACAAUGACAACCUGGUUUGCAGUUUUUGUCUUGGUCAGCCUGGUCUGUCUGGCCGCUGGUUCCUACAAGAAAGGGGCCGCCAUCUCCAAGACCAACUACCAAUGCGGCGACACCGACGCCUUCACCAACAUAGCAUGGUGGUAUGACUGGAAGCAGACCCCCUGGUACCACGCCAAGGUGGGUCACUGCACCCACAACAUCACCCUGCCAGGAGGGUGCCCAUGGUGUGGGGGUGGAGGAAGAAUAUUGACCACCCUAUACACUUCCAUAACGACACAAGUCAGUACGUCCUCGGCUUCAACGAGCCCAACCACAAGAAGCAGGCCAACCUGAGUCCGACUGAGGCGGCGGCAGCAUGGAAGGUGAUCCAGGCCAGAGCUGACCGACAGCACCAACUCCUGGUGGGUCCGGCCGCCAUCAGGUGCCACUCGGACCACUGCACAAUGGACGGCGUACAGUGGUACCACGAGUUCUUCCAACAGUGCAAGGGAUGCCGGGUAGAUUACAUUGCCACGCAUGCGUACUGGUGCACAGCUGACACCACUAUGAACUUCCUGAAGGAACUCUGGGACAAUUUUAAGAAACCAAUAUGGCUGACUGAAUUUGCGUGUCCAAGCAACAAUGUCGACCAUGCCCUUGCUUACAUGAAGGAAAUGUUGCCGCGCCUGGAGCGAGCUGACUAUGUGGCGCGGUAUUCGUGGUACGCCAGUCGGGUAGCCGGCGGGGGGGCAGCCAAAGCCCAGGACAGCUUGUUGGACCUCACCUCAGCCCGACUCUCAACUCUCGGCAACUACUACAAUAACUUCAUCUAGAAACAGACACAUAUCGUAACUGUGAAGUUGUAGCUGGAUGAGAUCGCCAGUCUGUUAAUAAAUCAUCACAAGAAAA